AUGUACUCUACUGCGAUGAAUCUCCACGAUUUACCAAUCGAGAUCCUUACAAAGGUACUCCCAAUCCAGACUAACUUGACUCGUUUUUCACAAGGGACAAUCAUCAAAUGGCUCAAUUUGCUUCCCCAACGUCAACUGUUUGAAGUACUAGUUCAAGCAGGGGUGGGCAUAGUUAUUUCCAAAAAUUAUGGAACAUUCCAUAUUGAAAAAGAGCCAGGAGUCAGUCAAUUGUGGGCUGUAGGGGCCAUGAAUAUCACAUUGGCCGAGAAACUGGAGUUGAACAAGCUUUUCCAGGAUGUGGUAUAUCUUCAUUUUGGGUCAUCAGCGGCGAAAGAGUACUUUGGCAAGUACUUGAUAUUUCAAUUUCAGAUAGUGGAGGACCUUCUUGUCAAAAAUUGUGACCUCUUUCGAUUGAUGAGGAUAUGGAGUGGAGAUGAAUGCAUUAUUAAUUACACCAGGAUGUGUUUCUUUGGAUGCAAUAGUAGUGGUAGACACGCAAAAAUUUUAUAUCCUUUAAUGUUGGAUGCCGAACAUGAAUAUAUUGAAAAGUUCUGCUACUCUAUGCUAAAAAUCAAUUCAGACACUUGGUCUAGAACAUUGAGGUUUUGCUAUUCUUUAUUAGCUCGAAUCAGAUCAAUUGAGGUGAUCGUGACAAUCAAGCAAUACAGACGGUUUGUUGAACGCAUGUUAGAGUGUGGAUCAAAAUUUCAUUUAUGCCCAAUUUCACUAUGUGUUAAGAUUACAUCGAACACAACAGACCUGAACAACACCUUAACUAAUCAUAGCAUUGACAACACCCUUCCCAACGAUUUCCCCAUCAAAUGGAUAACCAAUGUUUUUUGGUUUACAUAA